CUGGAAGAAAACCUUAAUUUCUCCUUUAACUGUAGAUAUCUUGUAAUGUUUCAGAAUCCGCUGUCAUGGAUGGAGACGCAGACUAUGGCAAAGUUGAAGAUGUUGUGGGCUGCCACGUUGAAGAUGCUGUAACAUUUUGGGCACAGAAUGUCAGUAGAUGUAAUGACCUCUUGAAAUUAAGUUGUGCGCUGGCAGAAGCUUGUCCUCGGGCUAAUGCAGUUUUUGGCACACCUGAUUUUAGUAAGAUUUAUGGUGGGUGUUUUUCUGAAGAUGGAUGUUGGUACAGAUGUAUGGUACAGCAAGUGAUCAACAACGAAAAGUGUCAGGUAUUGUACAUUGACUAUGGAAAUUCUGAGGUUCUGAAUAGAUCAGACAUAGUUGAAAUUCCACCAAACUUGCAAUGUCCGAGUGUUGCCAAGAAGUACACGCUCUGGGGACUGCAGAUACCAACUCAUCAGAACUUAAACAUGUUUGACCAGGGAAAGAAGUUCUUGAGCAGCCUAGUUUUUGAAAAAGAAAUAAAAAUACAUCACAAAGCCAAGCACAAAGAUGGUACCAUUAUUGCCCAGGCAGAAUGUGAAAAAAUAGAUAUUGGGGAAGAGGUGGCCAAGGCAGGGUUUGCUGCAAAAUGCACAUCUCCAGGAAACACUAAAGAUGCGGAAGAGAAAAAAACAGAUGUCGUUCAAAACCAGCGUCGGAAGAUAAAACUUACAGUUCCACUGUUGAUAAACAGGUCUGGUCACACACUGUACAGUGCCUCAAGAGGGUACUUUGACCAAGUAGCUGCCAGCACAAGGAAUCGGAAUUUUACUGGAAACCGUAUGUUUGCCCCAAAGGAAAAAAUGCUAGCUUCUACCUCAGUGUCAGACACCAGCUUGGCAGAUAUAAGACCAGAUCAGAAGCUGUCUGAAGAGAAAGAAGUUCUCAGAAGGGAGAAUGUAAAUCUCUUGCAGAGGCAGAAGGAACUAGAACUGAAGGUUCAACAGCUGAAAUGUGAACUUCAGAGAGAGAAGGAAGCAUCCAGGAAAACUGCUGAAAGUUUUGAGGAAACCCUACGUACUUACAUUGGAACAAAAAUGAGAAGUUUGGCUGCUAUGGUGAAGGCAUUGAAAGAAGUCAGGCACACAAGUAAGAACAGUUGUUUUGGGGAGCAGCUCUCACAAGCCAUAAAAGUGGUCACAGAAGGUUGUCUCACUGUUCCGUGUUCAUUGGAAAAAUUGCAGAAGAUUUGGACAGAGUAUGACUUGGCUCAAGAGAAGAUUCAGUUAUGCAGAAAUGUGGAUGAAAGAGAUGAAUUGAUUACCAAGAGGGAUGAGGUGCAGCAGAACUUGUAUUCAGCAGUGGAAGAAUUAAUUUUGGAAGUGGAUCAGCUGCCCCUCUCUGAGCGCUCAAGAACAUUACAGGAACUGUCUGCUUCACUGGAGAUGGUGUAUGGUCAAGGUUCUGAAGCAGAUGACUCCGAGGAGAUAUUUCAACAGUUCUUUAAGUGGAAGAAUGUUAAAAUGAAGAAGUUAAUUUGUGUCAGAAAUGAUACGGACACAGCUCUGCAAAUUCUUGCUGACUGGUUCAGUGGCAUUGUAAAGUGUUUUGACCUGAUGUCAGAAGCAUCUUCAGAUUUAGAGGAAGUGGUUGGCAAUCUGGAUGAAAUUCUCAAAAAGGUUGAGUUGGCUAUUUGUGAAGAACUGGAUACUGACUUACAUGAGUAUGAUGAAACAGAGAAGGGAAUAAUUAUGAGUGCUUACAAUAAAGUUAUACAUAAAGUUUGUCAGGAGCAAAGUAUGAUCACUGUCAUAAAGAACAGAUACUUGGCCAGUGUUGAGUUCAAGAAACAGGCUGAGGAAUGGCUCAAUAGAAGACCUGAUAUUAACAACUUAUUGUUAAUUAAGAAAACUGUGAAAAGCCUAAAGGCGCAGUUAAGGUGGAAGCUGGUUGAAAAGAACAACUUUGAGGAAUCUGAUGAUUACAGUGAGUUCGAAAUGACAAGAAUAAAAGAGGAAAUUGCUGAUCUGCGAAAUAGGGUUCUUCAGGGAAUAUCUAAGGAACAAGAAGAAUAUGAGAAGCUUACAUAUUUGGUACAGAAAUGGUUCCCUGAAUUACCGCUUCUUUAUCCAGAAGCAGGAAUUCUAAACUUUAUGAACUCCGGCGGACUUCUGACAUACAGCCUGGAGCGAGACCUUUUGGAUGCUGAGCCCAUGAAGGAACUGAGCACGAAGCGACCUUUAGUGUGUUUGGAAAUUCAGGGCCAGAAGGUUCUUUUAAAGGGCUACUCUGUAGAUGUAAGCUCAGAAGCCAAAGUGAUAGAAAGAGUUGCCAAGUAUCACAGAGCUUGGGAUCAACAGAAGGAAAGAUCUGGAUUAUUACAACUGUUGUUCCUUCUUUUCUGCAAGUCUGAUCCUUUGGUAUAUUUAAUGGUCCCGUACUACCCAGGAGCAAGUCUGGGAGCUUUACAGGCUGAUACACCUUUAACUUUAGAAGAGGCGUUAAAAGUGAUGAAAGGAGUGGCCCAAGGUCUACAAACAUUGCAUGGAGCUAAUAUAGUGCAUGGAUCUCUGCAUGGAAAUAAUGUUUUUGCUGUGAAUCGAAAACAAGGAGUCGUUGGAGACUUUGAUUUCACGAAAUCAGAGGAACAACGUGCUGCUGCAAACACUAUGGUUGUCGGUACCCUGAGCUUAGUUUCUCCUGAACUGAAAAUGGGCCAGCCAGCUUCUCCAGCCUCUGACAUGUAUGCUUAUGGCUGCCUUCUGUUCUGGCUUUGCAUUCAAAACCAGGAGUUCAGCACAAAAGAAGAUGGAACACCUGAGGUAGAUGUGGUUGUCAUGGAUGAUAAAGUUAAAUCUCUUCUCCUGAAUUUGUUCUGCUGUAACAGACUGACAGCUGAGCAGGUGCUGAGGCAUGAUUGCUUCCUUGUAGUUGAUGCGGUUCUAGUUUCACCACAACCAGGUGAAGAGUAUAAGCCAUGUGAAGAACAUGAUUCUGAGAAGACAGAUGGAAAGAAGAAUGUGAUUAAUGAGGAGAAUGGAGCAAGCCCUACUCAGUAGAUGAUGAACUUUUCCAUCAGGUGUUUGAUUGAGAUGUCUGGUUUUGUUUGGUUUUGAAAUCAUUGUCCGGAUCUGGAAUCUCAAAAUAAUAAAAGGUUUGGCAGAUGCAGUCAUGUUUUGUGAUUACAUAAUCUUCACUGUGUUUUCUUCUAAGUACGUGCUAUUCUAAGCAAGUGUUUAGGGGUAUAAGUGUGGUGUUACUGAUUGUGUUCUUAGUUUGUCAUCCUUAUUCUCUGUCCGUUAUAUAGGCUUUAAAUUUACAGAGAAUAGUCUUGUUAGAUGUCAGAGGUCUUUAAGAUGAAGCUUUAGUGACUUGGGUUUAUAUCCAGUUUUCUAUCCCUCUUCUUGCUGUGAUUCCAGAUAACAUGUUCCUCUUAAAGAUGCUCUAGGGUAUUACCUUUUUGCUAGAGUCUUUUUGUUAUUGAAUAGCCAACAUGUUCCCGCAGCAACUGCCUUCAAGAUAUAAGGGGGGGGGGGGGGGGGGGAGUACUGCUUUGACAACUGGUAAAGGAAAUGGAGAGCAGCCUGCCUCUUUUCUGUCUUUUUGCAUUUGAAAAACGCAAUUGGCUUUCCAGAGAGCAGGCAUCCUUCUAGUUGUUCCUUUGCAGCGCUGCUGCUAACCAAAAUACUAUACACAUACAAGCAGUAGUUUUUGCAAAUGCUUGCUGUACCUAAGUGUGUGUAUAUAUCUGUUCUUACAUGUUGUUCGCAAUAGCUAUAAAGAUGUGAUUUUCAUGAGCGGGUUUGUUUGCCUGCAAUACUUCGCUGUUAAUGUUACCAUUGAAGGAGUUUUGUCAGCUCUUUAUUUUUACAGGAAAUUGUUGCUUAUCUUUAUGAAGGUUUUCCUUCUUGGAAAGAAACAGGUCAAAAAGUGCAGAGUUGCUGUAGCGGUAUAUUUAGCCUCUGGGUGUUGCUCUUGGACAGCGCUGUUGGCAGACUAGUAUUUUGUAGAGGAAUUAUUGAGGCUGCAUGUUGGAUGAAGAAUGUAAAAAUGCAGUAUCUAAUGGGCAAGAAGCAGCACCAGGGGAAUUGGGGAGCCCCCAGGUACAAUAAUACGGUCCACAGUGGGUAGGAGAUACCUUGGCACAUCCACAUCUGAUACUAGACUUGGUUUUCCAUCCUUAAACCAAUUAGUUGUUUUAUAUGGAGUAGCAUGUAAGAUGCUUCAUCCUUUUUUUCAUUAAAUGAUAAAUAUUUUUUAAUUUCUAUAACGUGUAUGUAAACGAUGAUAGCAAAACCUUUGUUAAAAAUAUUUUUUUAUGUAGAAUUUUUGGUUAGUGUGAUAAAUAUUUUCAUGACAGAAAUCACAGAAGAAUAAUAUCUUGGUUUUUGUCAAUGGAAAUAAACAGUUUAGCAAUUUUGCGGGAUGCUUUCCAAAUACUGAUUGCAGUCUUUCACUGUUAAUAAAAGGCUAACUUUAAUUUUAA